CAGGAAAGAAACCUUGGAAAUGUAAUGAGUGUGAGGAAAGCCUUCAGUUACUACUCAGAUUUUGUCUUGCUUCAGAUAAUUCACACAGGAGAAAAGCCCUAUGAAUGUAACGAAUGUGGUAAAGCAUUCAGCCAGAGCAUCCACCUUACCCUACACCAGAGAAUCCAUACUGGAGAGAAGCCCUGUAAGUGUCAGGAAUGUGGGCUGGCCUUCAGUCACCGCUCAGCCCUUAUUCAGCAUCACAUAAGUCACACGGGAGAGAAACCCUAUGAAUGCAAUGAUUGUGGGAAGGCCUUUAAUCAGAGCUCAUACCUCACUCAACAUCAGCGGAUUCAUACUGGAGAGAAACUGUAUGAGUGUAAAGAAUGUGGGAAGGCCUUCAGCCAAAGCACAUUCCUUACCCAGCAUCAGGGCGUUCACACUGGAGAGAAACCUUACAAGUGUAACGAAUGUGGCAGAGCUUUUAGUGAUCGUUCAGGCCUUAUUCAGCACCAGAGAACUCAUACUGGAGAGAGGCCAUAUGAGUGUAAUGUGUGUGGGAAAGCCUUUGGCUACUGUUCAGCCCUGACUCAGCAUCAAGGAACUCAUACUGGGAAGAAGCCGUAUAAAUGCAGUGUGUGUGCCAAAGCCUUCAAUGAUCGCUCAGCCCUUAUUGGUUAUCAGAGGACACACACUGGAGAGAAGCCUUGCAAAUAUAAGGACUGUGGAAAAGCUUUCAGCCAGAGCUCAUCUCUUACAAAACACCAGAAAACUCACACUGGAGAAAAACCCUAUAAAUGUAAAGAAUGUGGAAAAGCUUUUAGCCAGAGCUCCUCUCUUUCUCAACGUCAGAAAACUCAUGCUGGAGGGAGAAGCAUAUGGACAAGCCUUUAGUGAGCAUUCACUCUUUGUCCAACAAAAGAGAAUCCAUACUGGAUUCUUGUAUUACAUUCAAAGUAUAUUUUGUUUUGAGCAUUUACCAUAUGUUAUGAGGGCUACAAAGAAAAUUUAAGUUGAUUAUUUUUAAAAG